CCUCCCUAAGGGCAUAUCACCAGCUUGAGGGAUAUUCUAUGUUCCGAGAUGGCUAUACACGAGGUAUUGAGACGGUGCCAUAUCCCAAUACUGCCUUUGUUGCUGUGAAAGCCAAUGUGAAACCGCGGACGAAUGAUAAAGAUCCAGUAUCCAAGAGAGGCUACUACAGCUGUUGGAUCAUGAUGAAGAACAGUGACGAGGGAUCCAUUCAAUCUGCUUAUUGCAGUUGCAAAGGAGGCAUUGAUGGAUGCUGUCGACAUGUUGUGGCAACCCUCUUCGAAGUCCUUGACUUUGUACAAGACUUCAAGAAGACCAGCUGUACUUCAGGGCUAUGUAUGUGGGUUCGGCGUGCUUCUCAGGCCGAUCAACUAGGCAAACCUAUUCCUGCCUCACAACUUGAGACUUCAAUUAUGGUGGAGCCCAGCACACAGACAGCAAUGCCACUGUAUUCGCCAUUGUCUGAUGAGUAUCCAGUGCCAGAUCCUAACGAUUUCCUUGAAAAGUGA